GUUUAGACGUACACUUAUUAAACUUGACAGAGACACAUAUACUCGUAACUCGUUACGUUUUUUAUAGGUACCCAUUAGCUCUCAAUUUCACAUUUGGAUGAGCCCUGUAAUCAUUUUAUUUCCCAGAAUAUGCUAUAAAGUUUAGGUAGGCACAUUGCUUUUCAUUCAUUCUAGAGUUUGAUAGGUAACUGGUCACAUAACGACCGUAAGAUGAAGAACUUUUUUGUUGUUUUUGUGGCUAAUGUCAUAUUCUUCAGUAGUGUCGAGUGUAACCACGAGGAGAUUCAUAGCCGCCUGAUAGCACUGGCCAACAGCUGCAUAGGCGAUACUGGCGCCACGCCAGAGAUGAUCGACAAGGCUUUCGAGGGUGACUUUCCAGAAGAUUCCACCUUCAAAGAGAUGAUUUUUUGUAUGGGCAAGAAGGAGCACUACUUUGAUGACGCUGGGGUGCUCGAUGAAGACAAAAUGAGAAAUGAUAUCAAAGAAAUUACCGGCGAUGAAGCCUCGGCUAACGCAUUGGUGGAUAAGUGUUUGAGUCAGUCCGGAACAACGCUGGACAAGGCUUUCAAUACCGCCAAAUGCUUAUAUAAUUCCCUACACUGAAUGCCUUUAAUAAGUUGCGUAAUGCAUGAAUCCACAUUUGAUGCUAUUUUUUAUAGAUAUACUAAUAAAUACUCAAAUCAGCAAGCUUAUUAAGUUUAAAGAGGUAAAGGCUAGCGGUCCACCGGAACAUCUUGAGGUUGAGUGGCGGAGUAGCCAUUUGGUUUCGCCUCAAUUCGGAGAUACUAAUAAAGACAUUUAUUGUUAUUAUUAUAUGUAUAUGGUGACAUCGGUAGAACGACCGACAUAAGUAAAGGAUAAUGUUGCUGAAUUGAAAAAAAAAUAAAUCAUUUUUUAACUGUACCUUUUGUUACCUGUAUAAUGAAAUAAAAAUUAACAGCCA